AUGGCAACUUGCUACGUCAUUUCCUCAUAUAUCUGCAACAUUGCUUUGCUCAUUACUCUUCUUACUACUGCUAAUUACUACUCUGUGAUUGCUGCGGAACAAUUCUCUACAGUGCGAGUGAGAAUUGCUGAAGAAGGAUUGCAAUUUUUCAGCAAAAUUGCACAUCAUAUCGUUGACGAAGAAAUAUGGAAAGUAACACUUCCACAAAUAACAAUUCCGAUUGAAGACGGACCUGGCACUGGUGAAGUGAAUGUAACUGAACUCACAUUACAAGCAUUUAAAUCGCCAACCUUUUCAUUUGAAUUAGCUUCACCAAAUGGUAUCAUUUGGCAAUCGAAAGGUGGAUCGGUGAAGCAGGAAGCUGUCUGGCUUGCUGGCUACUAUUUUGUUGUUCCAAUUUAUCUCUCGGGAUAUGUUAAGGCGAAAAUGGAUGAUAUUCGUGUUUAUAUGCAAACCAAUUUAUUAGUUCGAAAUGACCAUCCACAAGUUGAGAUCACUGAUUGUUCCACAGAUGUUCAGCACCUUUAUGUAUACAUAACAGGAGGUGUCAUACAAUGGGUUGUCAACUUAUUUCGAGCGCAAUUAGCUUUUGUAAUCAAGCAAACCAUACAUGAGAAAAUGUGUGAUGUCAUACGCAAGACUGUUGUUGAUAUCAAUAGCGCUUUAUCAGCACUUUCUACCCAAGUUAAACUAUACAAAAACCUGUAUAUUAACUAUUUAUGCAAGCAGAAACCUAAAGUAACGAGCAAAUACAUUGAAAAUGAAAUGAUACUGGAUGCAACUUAUGGAAAAAGCAGAUGUAUGUUACCGACAAAGCAAAUGGAUAACGAUGUUGGUUCAAAGAGACGAAUGGCUUAUAUUUGGCUAUCGGAACAUAUACCAAAUUGUUUGCUGAAGACUGUAUACGACAAUGAAAAUUUGACAUUUGCUAUAACGCCGAAUACCAGUGCUGGUCGAUUUGCAAACUUUCUAAGAACGGACUGUGAACUGUUUGCAAUAUGUAUCGGGAAAUUUCUUCCGACUUUACGCCUAAAAUAUCCUAAUCGGACUACUUACUUUUUUAUUCGACUAGCUGAAACACCGUACACUGUCAUUGAUGCAAAUGGUAUACGAAUAUUCGUGCGUUCUACGGUAGAUUUACAUUUAUCAUCAGAGAAGCAACAAUCGCACAGAUUAGCAAGGCUUAUGAUGGCCUCAACAGCUUACACCGUUCCAACAAUCCUGCAUAGGAAACUUGUGGGUAUUAUCAGUAAUGUUACAACAGUACUGCAUGAACAAGAUUCAACUGUGGGCCACUUUAAUGUUCAGAUGCUCAAACUUUUAGAGAAAAUAAUGGCGGAAACUGUGAAAUUAAUUGGAGGAGCAGCACUUAAAAUUGGUGUACCACUACCCCUCAUAGAUAAUGUGACAAUCGCGGAUGACGCCCAAAUUGUUACAAGAAAUGGAUACGUUCGUGUUGAUUUUGAUUUCACUUAUGAAUAG